CGUCAUUUAUCCUCAGCCACGCGUAGGUUGAUCGACUAUCACAACCAUCCUCCAGCGCAGCAUAGCAUUUCCUGUCUAAUACCAUCUUUCCUUUGCACGUCUUUGAUAUUUUCGCAUCAUGUUCUCCGGGUCCAACUCCUACCUGGGGGGCCAGAGCGGUCGCCCGGGCGGGCCUCAGCAGUAUGGCUCUUUCCAGCCUCAGCAACCACAGCAGCAACAGCAACAACCACAGCCUCAGUCGAACUUCAUGAAUCCGAAUCCGACGGGAUAUGGCCAAGCUCCAUUACAGCAGCAGUUCACCGGCUAUCCUAUGCAGGCGCAACCGACAGGUUUCCAGCCGCAACAGAUGCAACAACAGCAGAGUGGCUUCCCAGGACAGCAGAAUCCAUCUCCAUUUGGCAACAUGCAAGCUCCGCAGCAGCAGAGCUUCCAGACUGGAGCUCCUCCAAUGCCUCAAAUACCUCAGCAAUUCCAGACCCAAGCUCCGCAACAGCCGCAGCCUCCUCCCGCAGCCCCGAUGCAGAAAGCUCAGCCGACGGGCUUCGCAGCAAUGGCAGAUAGCUUCAAGUCGACACCGUCCGCACCUGCUCCUGCGAGAGGACGCAGAGCAUCAAAGUCGAAGGGCACGAAGAUUCCCAACAUACGAUUGUCGUUCAUCACUGCGCAGGACCAAGCGAAGUUUGAGACUUUGUUCAAGUCUGCGGUUGGGGAUGGCCAGACUCUAUCUGGCGACAAAUCGAGAGAUCUGCUAAUGAGAUCGAAACUGGAUGGCAAUUCAUUGUCACAAAUAUGGACUCUUGCAGACACCACUAGAUCCGGCCAACUGCAUUUCCCCGAAUUUGCCCUCGCAAUGUACCUCUGCAAUCUGAAGCUUGUUGGGAAGCAAUUGCCAUCUGUCCUGCCCGAUAACAUAAAGAAUGAGGUGUCGAGCAUGGUGGAUAUAAUCAAUUUCAACGUCGUGGAUGACGCUCCGGAGCCUGCUCCUCAAAGGACCAAUGCUCCAGACUUCACUCGACAGACAUCCCCACCCACGAUUCAGCAGCCACAACCCAUACAAUCGAACUCGGCUCUGUUGACGGCACAGAUGACUGGUUUCCCGGGACAGCAAAACCAUUUCUCCGGAGGUUUCCAGCAGCAGCAGACUGGCUUCCAGCAGCCUAUACAGACUGGAUUUGGUCAGCAGCAAGGCGGAUUACAACCGAAUCCGACAGGGUUUCAGGGCAUGUCGAAUCCGUCAGCUCCUGGAUACAACGGCCCUCGUCCGCCAAUGCCUCCAAUGCCUACUGGAUUUGGACCGAAUCAAGGUCUUUCGCCCGCUCAGACUGGCAUGGGAGGUAUGAUUGCUCCAUUGAAUAGCCAACCUACUGGACGACCAGGCCAAUGGGGAUUAGUCAAUGCUCCUGCGAGCGGAUUACCUAAUAUCGAUCUGCUGCAAUCCCGAAUGAUGCCACAGCAAGGCCGAGAGCAGGGUAACUUCACCACAGCUGGUCUAUCAGGAAAUGCUGUUAUUCCAUGGGCCAUCACAAAAGAUGAGAAGACAAGAUAUGAUUCUGUUUUCAAAGCGUGGGAUGGGUUUGGCAAGGGUUUCAUCGGCGGUGAUGUUGCCAUUGAGGUUUUCGGACAAAGUGGUCUUGAAAAGCCAGAUCUGGAGCGAGUCUGGACGCUCGCUGAUCAGGGGAAUAAGGGCCGCCUCAAUAUGGACGAAUUCGCAGUGGCGAUGCAUUUGAUCUACCGUAAGCUAAACGGAUACCCACUUCCCGCUCAACUACCACCCGAGCUUGUCCCGCCUUCCACCAGGAACUUCAACGAUUCGAUUGGCACGGUCAAGUCACUGCUCCACCAGGAAUCUGAUUUCCGCAAAAACUCUGGAGCAGCUCUGUUGCCUCAGAGGACUGGAGUCAGCUACCUGAAGAACCACUCAUUCAGAGGGGAUUCUGGCCCAAGCGGAUUUGGACGCAAGGAUGCCACGGUUUUCAAGAAUAAUGAUGACGAUGUGGGAUACAAAUCUAGUGCACGCAGGAGGCUGGGUAACGGAUCACCUCGACCUUCCUCGCCAUCAUCAACAACCUCCAACGAUGAAAUAUCUCUGGACCAAUUGAGGAAGAAGAUUCGUGAGAAGCAGGUGCUUCUGGACGCAAUUGAUUUCAAGGAUGAAAACGCGGCCGAUGAAGACGAUGCUCUGGAUAGACGGGACCGUCGCGAGGCAGAAGACCUUUAUCGCCGAAUUCGUCGCAUCCAAGAAGAUAUCGACGCACAUCCUGAUGCAGCACUUCGCAAUGUGGACUCGGGCGCAGAACGCCGUAUCCUGAAGCGACAGCUCCAACAGCUCACCGAUAAACUCCCUGAGAUCGCAUCUGACGUUCGCAAGACCGAGCGCGCUAUCGCCGAUGCGAAGCUUGAGUUGUUCCGUCUUAAAGAUGCUAAGGCUCAUCCCGGCAGUGCGUCAUCAAUUGUUGGUACUGGUCCAGGCGGCUCUGUCACCGAAUCAGAUCGUCUCAAGGCCAGGGCUAAGGCUAUGAUGCAACAGCGGUCUGCUGCUCUUACUGGAAGAAAGGUCGAAUCAAGCAAUGAGGACUUUGACGCGCCGAAGAGACUAGAAGAGGAAAAUAUCAAGAUAAGAAAUGAGAAGGAGAAUAAUGAGCGCAUGGUCAAGGAUGUGGAAGACAGCGUUCGAGAUUUCUCACGUGGUCUCGAGGACAGCCUCAAGGAUGGUGCCGAUGAUUCGAGCAGUGAACACGAGAAGCGCAGAUGGGAAGAUGGUCUCGGAGUUGAGGAUGAGGUCAAGGAUUUUAUCUUCGAUUUACAGAGAUCAAGCCGAUCUGCCAGAGUCAGGACGGAUGACCGAAGUCGUAGCACUAGAGACACACCACGAUCUGAACCGUCUUCCCGUUUCGACAGCCCAGCUGCACCCUCGCCCGUCGAGGCACCUUCUGCUAGGUCCGCUCCUGCACCAGCCCCUGGAGGCACUUACUCUCAGUACAAAACCCCUGAGGACCGAGCAGCAUAUAUUAAGCAGCAAGCCGAGCAACGCAUGGCCGAACGUCUUGCUGCUCUUGGCAUCAAGGCACCGACAAAGUCUGGAGAGACCACCCAGCAAAGACUGGAACGUGAGAAGAAUGAGAGAGCCGCCAAAGUUCGACAGGCCGAGGAAGAAGAUGCGAAGCGUGAAGCCGAGAGACAGGCCAGAAUCAAUGAAGAGCAGGGCAUUCCUCCCCCACCUCCAGCUUCAACUGUUGCGAAGAGGCCUCCUCCGCCACCCUCGCGGAAGGCGGCAAAGAGUGAUGCAAGUGAGAAGAGGGCCGAAGAAGAGCAACGAGUUUUGCAAGAGCAGAAGGCGCAGAUCAUUGCCACUUCAGAACUUGAGAAUGAUGCGGCCAGACAGGAAGCUGAGCUCGCCAAGGAGAAGGAGGCUGCUGCUGCUCGUUUGAAGGCACUCGAAGAGCAAGUCAAGGCCGGCAAGGUCAAGAAAGAAGAAGAGAAGCGAAGAAGGAAGGCCGCUCAAGAAGAGGCUAAGAAGCAAGAAGCAAGAUUAGCUGCCCAGCGAGCCGAAAUUGAAGCUGCUCAAACCCGUGAGAGGGAACUGCAACGCCAAUUGGAAGCCAUCGACGAUGAUGAUUCUUCGGACGAGGAGGAUCAGCAGGCUACACCGCAAGCUUCAACACCAACAGUCAGCAGUCAAGAGUUCGAGAGGAAGGAAGUUUCACCGCCCCCACCGCCGGUUCCGAUGAUCGUCCCACCAAUCCCUCAAGCAGCACAAACUACUGCCCUCCCCGUUGUCAGCCCCCCGUCUGAUACGGAAACUAGGAACCCAUUCAAGAAACUGGUAGCUGGAGGUGACACAGCCUCGCCAUCGUCCCAAGCUGGUGUCGCAACCAACAACCCAUUCUUCCGCCCUCAACAACAAGAAACCGCACGUGCCCCUGAACCCAUCCAAAUCCAACCAACCGGCCGCACCUCUCGCGUCCGUCCCGAAGAAGACGACUGGUCCGUCGUAGGCUCCGACAAAGAAGACGACUCCUCCGACGAAGAAGGUCCUGGCGCCGGCAACGCUCGCCACCUCGCAUCCAUCCUCUUCGGCACCAUGGGUCCUCCCCGUCCUCUAUCCGCAGCUGGCGGCGCAGGCUCGACACCUACGAGCCCUGCACCGAAGGUUGAUUCUCCCGCUGCUCCUCCGCCACCUCCGCCCAUGCCAACUGGUGGAGCUCCACCACCACCUCCUAUUCCAAGCUUUGGGGGCCCGCCCCCGCCUCCCCCAAUGCCUGGAAUGGGCGCACCUGGCGCUCCUCCACCACCUCCGAUGCCAGCGCCUGGAGCUGGAGCUGGAGCUGGAGCGCAGAGACCCGCGGCGUUGUUAGGCGAGAUUCAGAUGGGGAGGCAGCUGAAGAAGACGCAGACGAAGGAUAAGAGUGGUGCUGCUGUUGCGGGGAGGGUGCUGGAUUAAGUUUCUUGCACGGGGAUGUAUCAAUUGGUGUUGAGUAUUUAGCAUUUGAAAUUCGAGGAGCGGAUUGAACAAUGGAUGGGCGUGGAUGGGCAAGGCGAUAGGUGACAGGGGAAGAAUUGGGGAGGUGUAUAUUACGUUCAGUACCAUGCAGAAGGUAGAUUGCGAAAGGGGUUGA